AUGGCAACGCUAGCCUCCGGCACCAACACCACCAUGGCCGUCGUCAUGCUCGUCCUCAUCCUCAUCAUCGUCUCCUCCUUCUCCGUCGCCGUUGUGGCAGACGCCAAGUUCAUCGCGCGGGUAUGCAAGAACAUCGAGGAGACCAACGGCCACUGCGUGGAGGUGCUGAGAAGCGACCCGCGGAGCUUCAACGCGACGUCGACGCGCGACCUCGCCAGCAUCAGCCUCGACAUCGCCACCUCCACCCGGAGGGACAUCGCCAAGGGCAUCGACGACGAGGCGAGCCAGCACGACGAGCGCUCCCCGAUCGGGGAGGCCCUGAUCGACUGCGCCAGCUACUACGCCUAUGCCGAGCAGCCACUCGAGGACGCGCGCGAGAGCUUUGAUAAGGGCGCGUACCGCGAAGCAAUGGAUGGGGCUGGGGAGGCGGAGGAAGCCGGGGACAGGUGCGAGCAGGCCUUCUCCGACAGGGAGCUCGCCUCCGUCGUGGCCGCGCUCGACGAGAGGAUGAAUCAGCGGUGCGACGUCGCCGCCCUACUCAUCGACCUGCUCUUCGUCACCUGA